CGAGCCGCGACAGAGCGGAGACAUCAUCUUCACCGCGGCGCGGGGAGGAAGCGCGCUCGGAGCGUCACCCGGCGGCCGGGCAGCACCUCGGACAGCGCCCAAGUCCGGCUCCUUCCGGACAGUUGGGUCUGUUUCCCGGGCGGAGUCGCAGCUACUUCGUGCGCCAGCCCAAAUCCUCGCCACCCCACCCCUCCUUCAGAAACUAGGACUAUACGCGUCUGCCGUGUGGCUUUUUUUUUUCUUCCGAAAGGCUAGUAUCUUAUCUCUCAAGUUCAUGUCCAGUCUCCUCCCCCUAAGUCAUCUCUACCCUUCCUGCACCGCGUAAAGCCGGAGUCCAAGGCUGCUCGCCCCAGCCAGCGUGGCGAGUGCCAGCCCGUCCGGCGCAGUAGCCCGGCGCAGUCGCCUUUCUCCCUCCCUUUGCUCCCUCCCUCCCUCCUUUUCUCUCUUUCCUCAUCUACUUCCCCCUCCGUGUCUUGCCUCUUAAGUUUCCUGCACCGUGAACACAACUGUGCCAAGCCCGGGCUGCAGCGAUCCAAUACUGAAAGCUACCCCAGCGCUGGGACGCCGGCUCGGCUGAGGCUGGACGAGGCAGCUGGACCCAUCCGCUCCCGAGCAUGGAGACGGAGCUCCGAGGAGGGCACGUCCGGGGCGCCGAAGACGCCAGGCCCGAGUAGCUCCUCCAUGGAGCCUGCCCAGAGCGGUCCCUGCUUGCCAGAUUCUCCUCCAGUCCUGUGGGGCUGCUGAGAGCGCUCCCUGCUCCGUAAAGUGGAUGUCAGGUGGAUUUAUGUUUCUGAAGGAACAAAGACUCAGCGAAGGCACCGCCAAGGAAGUUUGAGACGCGGGAGGAUGCAGGCUGCGUGCUGGUACUUGAUUCUCCUCUUGCAGCCCGCCGUCUACUUGGUCACGUGCGCCAAUUUAACAAAUGGUGGGAAGUCAGAACUUCUGAAGUCAGGAAGCAGCAAAUCCUCACUCAAGCACAUAUGGACAGAAAGCAGCAAAGACUUAUCUAUCAGCCGACUCCUGUCACAGACUUUUCGUGGGAAAGAAAAUGACACAGAUUUGGACCUGCGAUACGAUACCCCAGAACCUUAUUCUGAGCAAGACCUCUGGGACUGGCUGAGGAACUCCACAGACCUUCAAGAGCCUCGGCCCAGGGCCAAGAGAAGGCCCAUUGUUAAGACGGGCAAGUUCAAGAAAAUGUUUGGAUGGGGUGAUUUUCAUUCCAACAUCAAAACAGUGAAGUUAAACCUGUUGAUUACUGGGAAAAUUGUAGAUCAUGGCAAUGGGACAUUUAGUGUUUAUUUUAGGCAUAAUUCCACUGGCCAAGGGAAUGUCUCUGUCAGCUUGGUGCCCCCUACAAAAAUUGUGGAAUUCGACUUGGCACAACAAACCGUGAUUGAUGCCAAAGAUUCCAAGUCCUUUAACUGUCGCAUUGAAUAUGAAAAGGUUGACAAGGCUACCAAGAACACACUCUGCAACUAUGACCCUUCAAAAACCUGUUACCAGGAGCAAACCCAAAGUCAUGUGUCCUGGCUCUGCUCUAAGCCCUUUAAGGUGAUCUGCAUUUACAUUUCUUUUUAUAGUACAGAUUAUAAACUAGUACAGAAAGUGUGCCCCGACUACAACUACCACAGUGACACACCUUACUUCCCCUCGGGGUGAGGAUGGACUGGGAGUGAGACUGAAGCCUGAGGAAUUGAAGGUCAUAUGACAGGGCUGUUACCUCAAAGAAGAAGGUCACGUCUGUUGCCUGGAAUGUGUCUACAUUGCUGCUCUUGUCAACUGGCUGCAAAUACGCUAGUGGAAAAAAAUCUGAUGUAACUUCUGUCCAGUCAGCUGCAUCUCUCAGUGUAGUUGCAAUUCACCACAGAUUUUAAAGUCACACUUGAAGACAUGUCCUCACAUAUAGAGCUACACAAAUACAUUCACAUACAUUUCAGCUUGUGUCUGUCACUGGUUCCUGUUGAGAGGGCUUUCACUGCCUGACUCAUAACAGUUUAGGAUAAACUGUGAUCAAGCGAAAGGAUUAACAGAGAAUGUUUCUAACUUGCUGUUACGGAAAUCUCUUUUAAAAUCCUGAGUCCAUGCUAAUCCAUAAACCCCACUCAUGCAUUCCUACUGCUAGGAGUAGCUGUACUGAUAAAUACUGCUGUAGGAGUAUAUGCUUGUUAAAAUGGAAAAAAACAACGUGUCGUUAGAGCUCAAUAUUUAUUUUAUGAACACAGCAAAGUGUAGUGACUUUUUCCCCAGCAUUUAGUAGGCACAUUCGAGAUAAUACAAGAUGGCUUUUCUUUUCAGUGGAGGGAGUCUGUUCUGAGUAAAGAUGAGCAAACAUUUGGAAUUUACAUGUGGGCAGACAUUGGAAUUACAGCUCUCAUCACCAAUCAUUGGACAUUUGUGAAGUCGAGACCACCUAAGGCUGCGUAAAACAAGUUCUGAUCAGUGUACAAGAAGGGAAAUGCCUGGCAGACACCAUGUGAGUUCUAAGUGUCUGUCUUAUCUUUACUACACAUAUUGUAACAAAUUCAAUAUCCUAGUCUUCAUUUGUAUGAAUGGUUUGUAUUGUACAUAGUUUAACCAAGUGUUAUUUGAUCUGCUUAUUAAUAUUAAAUUGUACUUGUCUCUCUGCUUGUUAAUUGGUUAUAAGAAAAAAAAGGAUAUGAGGAAUCCAUUUUAUCACUGUAGCUGUGAACGCCAUUAAAAAGACAAACGAUGUACAAAGCAUCUAUUCAGCUCAAGUAUUGUUGAAAACUAUACAUAUACAGCAUUACACGGUCUGUAUUUAGAUACUUUAUUUCUGGAAAAAAAUGUACAUAAAAAUAAAAUACUUAAAGUUGAGUUUCAAUAUGUGCUUGUGUAAGAUGGUGAUUUAAAUGGUUCUGACGAGAAGAAUGUGUUGGAGUAUAAGUCAUGCCUUUGCUUUUCAUGUCUUUUAAUUUGUACAGAAUUAUCCCAAUUGCUAUUAGUUGCACAGUCAAAACAAGUUAAGAGUUGCAACCUCAAGCCUGAAAAAUAAUUGUGGCAUAGAGCACUGCACACAUUUUUGGUUGGCUGUCAUUCUAGUUAAUCAACAAUACCAAAAAAAUCAAUGAACACGAGAAAAUAAUUGAGGUCUCCUAAAUUAAUUAUAACUAGUUGAAAAAUUUUCCCUGGAUAGUCUUCAUUUAGCAGGAGGAUUGAAGAGAGUAUAAUUAAAAAAAAAGAAAAAAAAUUGAAAUAUCUGGAGAUUCUGGCUUAAUUUCCGUGAUACUGAUGUGAAGACUCAACCCAACUGAAGAAGUUGUGACCGCAAUAGAGGGCUUCAAUGCUCAGCCUACUUACACCAGAACAGACUAAUUUAUCUACGGCAUUGUUCAUGGACAUUAAAUUUUCUCUUUAAAAUAUAUUUGCUGCGGCGCAGAUCUCUACAUAAUAAUCAUGAAAGAAGCAUGUAAGGUCCCAAGGUUUUAAGCCCAUGAGUCCAGAAUCUUAAUGUUAAGAGACUCAGAACUUAACCAGAAAACGUAAUUAAGAAAAUGAAUUCAACUUCCCGUCCUACUGCAUAAGAAUAAGUCCAUCUCCAUAUAGAAAAAUAAUAGAAAUAGAAAUACUAUAGGGAACACAAAACCACUAGAUUCUAAAAGUGGGAACUUCAUUACUGGCUUGAUUAAACUGCAAAAAAAGCACCUGUCUUUCUGUUGAAUGUUCAUCUCUCACAGUUCUUCUGUGUAUCUGGGCAGCCGAUCAUAUCAGUGUACUGAUUUUGCCCUGGCACUUAGGCCCUAAUUUUAGAAUAGUCUCUCUUCUGCAGAACAGGCAGUAAGAGUUCUAGCUGCUAGACAUACUUGCCACAGAUAAAUCUUGUUAUUUUAGAAUAUGUUUAUGAACAUGAUCAAUGAAAAGUUAGCUGGCCCUCCGCAUCAAGAGAAUAAGAAGAGGAAAACUAAUUUUUUCUUUGGGAUCAUUUGAUUAGUGGACUAUGACUUCGGUUAUGUGUUCUAAUGUGUCCUUUUGUAACCCAAAACUCAAAAUGAGUUAAAAAUAUGCUUACUCUUCUACCCUGGUUUCUAAUC